UCAUAGGGUGUAAUGUAUAGAGGGUAUAAACCUGAUGCCAGUGUCACUGGUGUGUUUUAGGGUUCUUUAUAUUUCUGUUCCAUUGUCUGAUGAAGGAGAAUGUGAGAAAACAAUGGAGAAUCCAUUUGUGCUUUGGCCGCUUCAGACUCCAAGACUACUCUGAGUGGAGCCAGACUUUUACAGUUGGUGCCAAAUCCAGGCCUAACCCUCUGGUGCGCAUGCCCUCAGUGAGGUCCAUCAAGUCCAGUGCCACAGAAAGCACCUCGGCCUCCUCCGACUCCAGUCAACGACAGGUCUCCAUCAGAAGACCUAACUUGGACCUUGUGUAUGAGAAUAACUUGGCACUACCACUUGUCCAACGCAACUCCACUCCUCUUCCUCACAAGAGUGCCUCUUUCCCAGAGGAGGGGCACUGCGAGGGGCCCUCUCGGCAAGACGGAUCUCACCCAAGACAUCGGCUACCCAUUCCUUAAGACCUUUGAAAUACGGCAAGGAGGAACACCUUAAUUUGUGCUAAAUGAAUGAAUAGAGAAACAAAGAUUGUAACUUGUGCAAUCAGUGUGUGCAAUCUGAAAUAUCAGACGAGGCUUGGUUCUGUGUAACAUGGCAGCUUUCGCUUUGACUCAGUCUGGGACAUGAAUGCACUUGUAUGAUAUUGCAACAUUUAGGACAUAAUAUGAAUGGUGUUUUUAAUUUCUACUUACCUUGGAGCAAAUUAAAAUGAAGUUCUUUGUGAUGAUCUAUCUGAUGAAUUAUGUCCUGUCCAUCUUCACUGAUCUAUUUAUUGUACUGAAGGUGUGACAAAUUAGACUAGUAUGCAUGUGUGCAAAACGGACAAUAAAUGAC